GGCGGUUUGAAUUUUGCGAAUGGAUUAUCAUUUAAAAUGUGAAUUAUGCGGAGAAAAAGUGCAAGUAGAUUCUAAAUCGACGAGCCCUUUGGGAGCACAUUUGUUAGUCCGUCACCCUGACGUCGAUUUAACCUAUUUUUCUAGUUUCGAGGAUUUAACAGUCAGAAGGAACCACGUUUGCGUAAAUAAAUUUAAGGAUUUUGUCGAAGCAAAUAAUAAAACGACUCUAAGGAAAAAUGUUAUUUCCACCACUAUUGAGAGUUGGGAAAUAAGCACAUGUAAAUUUUUGUGUCCCAAAUGUGGAAUAAAAGAUAGGCCGGAGAUUCGAGUACGAACGACAAACAUCGUAGAUGCACCAUUCAAUAGAUUACUCCUUUUGGCGUGUUGGCCUUUAUGCUUUUGGCCUAUGUCCAAUACAGCAAACAGCGAAAAGAGAUUGUUUUGCCGAUCCUGUGGUAAUGAUUUAGGCAAUUUCGAUCGCCUAAAAUGUACUUGUAAAUGUAUAUCUUAACUA